AACUCCAAGGAGGCGCACACACCACGGACCGUACUUUUCGACGAAUAUGGGGUCCGUUCAAGUGGUGUUCUGGGUUUUGUUCAUUAUUUAUCACUGCCGAGCACAGAAAGUUAAGCGACAAAAGGAGACAGAGUUCGUGGAUAAGUAUGGUACGUGUCUCCAAGGCCCUCCUGGUACCCUGGGCAGGGAUGGUAAUCCGGGGGUGAAUGGCAUCCCUGGCACCCCAGGUAUCCCUGGACGAGACGGCUUGAAAGGAGAGAAGGGCGAGUGUGUGAGCGAGAGGUACGAGGAGCCCUGGAAGCCCAACUACAAGCAGUGUGCCUGGAACUCGCUCAACUACGGCAUUGACCUGGGGAAGAUUGCUGACUGCACCUUCACAAAGCUGCGCUCGGACAGCGCCCUGCGAGUGCUAUUCAGCGGCUCGCUGCGGCUCAAGUGCAAGUCGGCCUGCUGCCAGCGCUGGUACUUCACCUUCAACGGGGCCGAAUGCGCCGGGCCGCUGCCCAUAGAGUCCAUCAUCUACCUGGACCAAGGAAGCCCUGAGCUCAACUCUACCAUCAACAUACACCGGACAUCAGCAGUGGAAGGGCUUUGUGAGGGGGUCCCUGCCGGCUUGGUGGACGUGGGAAUCUGGGUGGGCACCUGCGCAGACUAUCCGAAGGGAGACGCGUCGACUGGGUGGAACUCGGUCUCCAGGGUGAUCAUCGAGGAGCUUCCCAAAUGAUCCUGAGUUCCUCCACAAGUCCCUCUUACUGUCUGUGACUUUGAAGUUACUGACAGAGAGAGGAGAGAGCUUGAACACCAAACACUCUCUCAGCUGUAUUCCAAAGCCUUCCUACUGUAAUGUAGAAAGGAAACUUAAUUCACAUCAGGAUGGGGAUCUGCACCACCUGCCUUAAAGUACCUCUAUAAUCAGACCAAAGUCAUGCAAUUUUCCUAUUAAGAACCUCUCUAACCAAAUUAUAGCAUGAUUCAGUGCUCGGCAGGUCUCACCACACCUCACAUUCAGACACAUAAGAGGCAGUUGUCACCUCCAGUCUCCUGGCAACAGAACAUGCAUUUUCAAACACUAAUUCACUCCAUUUUGAACACUAUCACUCCCGGUGCAUGGGAGAAGGUGUUUCACUGAUGGCAGUCUCAGCAUGGUUGCAGGCCUGCUGUGCUCGAGUCUCAUGUCAGAAUUAGAUAUUUAGAAGUUUACUUUUUGUAAGGAACCCUGAGCCACCAGAAGGGGCACCAGUGUGCCGACUCUCUAUACAUAUCUGUGUAUCAGUGACUGCUCAGUCCAAAUAGAACUGUUACACAUGGUUCUGUAUUAUACGCUGGGGAGAAGGUACAGGAACACCUCCAGGCCCUUGAUGCACGAGGGAGGAGAUGGGUCUGUUUUAUUAUCCAUACAGUGACUCUUAUGGUGCUCAGUGAUGUUGCAUGGUUUAGACAAAGGGUUGCAUUCUUUUCUUUUUCCUCUUUUUUCUUUGUUUUGAAUUUGUUCAAAAAUUGUUGUCUACGCUAGAGGGGCUAAGGAGUGAUCCGUGGUUUUUACUGGGCUUUCGAUGCUUGACAGUGCACACAUCAGGUCUUUAAAGUUGUCUAAAGUAACAAAAAAGUGAAAUGAAUACAAUGUUAUUGUGUUUUUCUAACUUGCUGGAGGACCUGUGUUUGUUCAAACCUCUUAAUUUUGUUAAGAUGACCCGGUGACCUCUAAAUCCCUGCAUAUGUUUAACAUUCCUCUGUAACCAUUGUCAAAAUGUUAGCAUAGUAUUUAUGUGUACAGCUUUAGAAAGUAAAGCCCUUUUUUACACAACCA